UAACUAGAUCUUGCUGAAUCAACAUGAGAAUGAUGGUGAUUCAUUCAAAUAAAUUUCCUUUUUGUCCUCUAUCUCAUUCCGUAAAAAUUGAAUAUGGCGUCUAUAAGAAAUGAAAGUAGUAGCUUGUAGCUAAGUGCCCAUAGAAGGUGCUAAUGAGAACCAUCUAUCUCCGACCGUUUAAACUAUUGAAAUUUCUCAUGCUUUUUUUUAGUCACAACUCACAAAAAGCGUCAACUUUGCCCUCAUUUAACUACAAUCACCAUUAUGGAGAUCCCAAUGGUGAGCCACGAAUUUUAACCACCCUGUACAGGGGAUGCAAGUUAAAACGACCCCUUCGUAACAAAUCAUUUGAUAUUUAGACUGUAAAAAAAUCGGAAAACACGUCAACUUUAGUUCUCAAGGUCCAAAGGUCCGAAAGUCCAAAAUAGUCCUGGCCUACUCAGAGUUUUCCUUUAGUUCAGAGAAAUAUUUAGAAUCGCGAAAGUGCAAAUUUUUGAUAAAAUCUUAACUGGAAAAAUGCCCAGGUCAAUAAAUGUAAAUAAGCUAAUGCAAAUUUAACUUAAAUUUCGUCUUCGUUUAGAUUAUUAAAGCGAACACGAAGAAGGUGUAAAUAAUUUACUUACUGAACUGAAACAUAUGGAAGUUUAAAGUUGAAACUUUAGAAGGCACGCUGAAAUUUUCUGACGUUAAAUUUUAAGUACUUCGACUAAGUUGUAGGUUGUCGCAAUACUAAAGGCACUCUCAUUGCGAAAUGAUAAUAAAGAUUGUGUAACUUCAUAACUGCAUUUAAAGUAGGUGUAAUUAUAUUAAUUCACAGAAACCGUCUAGGUCAUUGUGUCGUAUCACGUAAAAAAUACUUUUUCAGAAGGGUUGCCCCAAUCAACCUUUAGGGUGGGGAAUCCGAAGUUUCCAUUGGCCAAGACCUGCCAACAUCCCGCAAACAAUCCUUGCGAACCUGCAGAAGUCGCGAUAGCGUGCCUGUUAGAAACUUUAUUCACGAAUAUGUGCACCUGUUCCGAUUUGAAAUGAAAUUUAUUUCAGAAACAACGUAAACGCUACCCCUAACGGUUUAUUAGAGCGCGCGCUUUAACUAUUUUAUUUCGGGAAAUGAUGCGGUAACUUUCGCGGCUCGAAGAUGUGGGUUUUUGUUAAAUUUUCUUUGUGCGAAUACGUAGAUUAAGAUGUCGCAAGCGCGCAAAGGGGGUGGCGGUGGUAAGGGCCCCCCGAAAGAUAAAAAUGAAGACGGCAAAGAUAAGGAAUCGAAGGAGAAGGUGCCGUCGAAGGAUAAGGAGGAAACGGCAUCGAACGCCGAUUCGGAGGAGACCAUUCCCAAACCUCAGAGUGCCGGUGUUACAACAAGGGAUGCUGCACAGAAGGUUUUGGUCCUUUGUCAGAAGGGUGAAUGGGCACCCAUCGAUCAGGUACUUAAGUCUAUGGAGAAAGCUAUUGCGAACGCAGGAGAAGACGCUAAUACUGUUCCAUUGGCAGGAGGACUUGAUUUGGCUACCGGAAUGACACCGUUAAUGUAUGCAGUGAAAGACAACCGAACUUCGCUUUUGGAUAAAAUGAUCGACUUGGGAUCUGACGUUAGUGCUAGAAAUAAUGUAAGUAGCUCUAAUUAA